CUAAGGAACUAUACAACAAUAAUAUACUAAAGCUAAAUCGUGUAGUAUACUGGAUAUUGUACAACGUUAUUAUAGUUAUACAUAAGUUCUGUACUUAUUUUUUUUACUUUAUAUAUAUAUAGAAGAUUACAAUUAGUUGUAAUUUAAUUAUUUAUUCACUUAAUUGAUUGUGGUUUAUAUUUGUUUGAUAAAAAAAAUUGUGUUAAUUUGACAAUAAGUUAAUUAUUAUCCAAUAUAAUGGCAAAAGAAGAACUUAAUUUUUCUUAUAAACGGACGUUUAUUACACAUACCCGAAGGCAAAUUGUACGCGGAUUUACAAGGUCUAUACCAAAUUUGAGGGUUUUACCUAGAGGAUGGCAUAAAAAAAUAUUUAUCAAAGCAGCUAAUAAAUUGAGAAAAAUUCAUAUGAUUUGGAAAAAUAAAAGAUACAAAAUCUCACAAGAUUUAAAACGCAAAAAACAAAUAGAAUUGAAAAUGCUCGCUGAGUAUCUUUUUAAAGACAAAAAAUGCAGCUACGAAUGUAAUACACGUAGUUUAUUUUUGAACGAACGGUUGAAUUCAUUAGAAAAGUAUUUGAAAAUGACAUUUAUGCGCACUUUAAAUGAAAAAUAUGUUUAUGGUGUCAAAGUGGUAAAAUUCGACCGGAAAGGAUAUAAACGAAGAACUAGAUUGUUGAUACUGACAAACAAAUCUUUCUGUUUAAACAAAAUUCUUAAAAAUAAAUUAAGACUCAAAGAAAAGAUACCAUUGGAUUUAAUACAAAAAUUAGAAGUUACUUCGGGAAUGGAUAACUUUUUACUCAUCAAAAUUUCACCGCAAUAUAAACACAAUAAGGGUGAUAUAAUUCUUGAAGUGCCAUAUUUGAUAGAAUUUGUGACUAAAUUUAUUAAUAUCUCGGGAAACUAUAAGUUAUUAAAUAUUAACAAACUAGGUGUCAAUAAAAAGUUAUUGCACGACAUAAAAGGUUCCAAAAGUGGCGUUAUAGAGUUAAAGGAACACAAUUCCACGCCCAGUAUUACUAAAGAUAAAUACAAGAAUUUGAUCGUUUGUGGAUAAAAUAUUUAAUCAAAUUGGACAUUAGUAAUUUAUGUUCAAUACUGUAUCACACUAUCAUCUGACAUCUAUAUUAUAUUAUUGUUUGAUAUAUUUAUAUUAAAUAUUGUUAUAAAUUACAAUUUACAACAAAAAUAUCUACAAUAUAAUUAAUAUUGUACAUAAAAUAUAUUUAUUUUUAAACCUA